AUGUCAUUGAAAAUAAAUGGGCACAGACUACACACACCCUCGACAAAGUCAACGACGCCUGCAAGCUCGUCGGCAAUCCAAAUAUCUGGCCAGACUUUAGCGUCAUCUCGCCCCACAAAACAAUUCAAUUACCACCACGACACUUCGAUUACAUCCUUAGACUUUGAUGACACAGGCCAGUUUUUGAUCUCGUCAGGUGUGGAUAAGUCAAUACAAUUGUAUGAUUGUCGUAAAGGUGUUCACUACAAAGAUAUCCAGUCGCAGAAGUAUGGUGCUCAUUCUGCAAGAUUCACUCAUGACGGACUCAAUUGCUUGUACGCAUCAACCCCCGAUGGACAUGACACUACUGACGGAAAAACCGACGACACUGUCAGGUAUCUCUCUUUAUCAACAAACCAGUACAUUCGUUAUUUCAAGGGCCACAAAGCCCAAGUAUCAAAUAUAGAAGUGAACCCAGUGCACAAUACUUUUUCUAGUUCAAGUUACGAUGGCACCGUCAAAUUCUGGGACCUAAAGACAUCAUCAGCAACGGGGAGUAUUCAUGUUGCUCAGAAUACUGUUUGUGGUUUCGAUCCACAAGGAAUAGUGGUUGCGGUGGGGAAAUAUCCACUUGGUGAGUCUCGAAUUGGGACUGUGGGACUAUAUGACUUGAAAACAUUUGACAAGGGUCCUUUCGCAGAAGUCUCCAUUCCAUGUCUACAGAAUCAGCAUUGGAACAAGUUGGAAUUUUCAAACAAUGGAAAACUUUUAUUGAUUUCAACAGAUUCUCGAGAACAUUACAUCUUGAAUGCGUUUCUGGGAAAGUUGUUGGCAAAUGUACGAUUGUCCUAUAAAGAUGGUGCGCAAUGGAUGUCAACUGAUUACCCUUACGAUGGAUGCUGUUCCUUUACACCAUGUGGUAAAUAUUUGCUAGUUGGCAGUCCAAAGUCUAUUAUUCACAUAUUCAAUUUGAGCGAUCUAAAACACGAUGCCGAACGACCAGUAUCGUUGUCUAGGUCUAAUGAUAUAUUGAGAUCCAAUCAGGUGCCUAAAAUGGUCAAAUUUAAUCCAAAAUUGUUUGUUUUCGCAACCGCAGAUACUACCGUUGAAUUGUGGCAACCAGAAAGCCAAAGCUGA